AUGUCCCUCCCUCUCCCCCGCGGUCGUUACCGUCUCCUCCUCGCCGUUCCUCUCCUCCUCCUCGCCCUGUAUAUAUUCUCACCAAGCUCUACCUCUUUCCGCCCAUUCGGCAUCUCUUCGCCUUACUGGUUACCCCAGGGGCUGGAAGGUCACGAAGACCUCAUCGGACCCGUCGAUAUCGAGGACGACACCGACCUCAGCUCUGGGAUUCCUGUUGCUGACGCUCCUACUUCUCCCCAGGGAUGGGAACAAGAACGCCCUACAGUGCCCAUCGAGAUCUCCCACCCUGGCCUCCGUGUGCGCCUCCACGCACUCCUAACGCGCCCCGUGCUCCCAGCGGACGCAGCACUAGCGCACAACGCGCGUUCCUGCCCUCUGGCCGUACACGACAAACUCGUCAACCCUGAUCAGCUUAAGGGACAGCGAGAAUUCUGGGCUGGGGUGAGUGAGGACGACGUCCGCUCUCGACGGGAGGGGAUCGUCCGCUGGCUCGAAGGGCUGGAAAAGGGAGGAGUGGACGUCGUCGCCCCUGAACUGGGAUAUGGGGAGCAGAGAAGAGGGAUUGUUAUCACUGCGGGAAAUAAGGACACCCUCCAGCGCGCGAUUACGAGUAUCAAGCUCCUCCGCGGGUACUAUAUGAGCCCCCUACCAAUCGAGUUGUUCUCCUUCCCUGGCGAACUACCCACCCAAGGCCUGGCAGAACUGCAAGCACUCCGUGUCACCCACCGUGUCCUGACGAACCAGCAGAAAGUUCCCGGAGCAUGGAAGAACUUCCAUAUCAAGGCGCUCGCUGUGCUCCUGAGCGAGUUUGACGAGGUCCUGUACUUGGACAGCGACGUGCUGUGCUUGCGCGAGCCGAGCUACCUCUUCGAGGACGAGACGUUCAAGAAGACUGGCGCUGCCUUUUGGACAGACAUCAACAAGGACCAUCCGGAAAACGCCAUCUGGCGCUUGCUUGGCCGGACUUGCGACCCCACAGAAUGGGAAGUCGACAGCGGCGCGUUCCUCAUCUCCAAGUCCGGCAACGGCGGGCUCAACCUCGCAGCGCUCCAUAUCGCCGCACACAUGCAAGCCGAGCACGAGUUCUGGUUCCGCCUUUCCGGGGGUGACAAGGACACCUUCCGCUAUGCCUUCUGGGCGCUCGGGCUGGAGUACGUCUCCGCCCCUAGGUGGAUGAGCAUACUGGGGUAUGAGGACAACGGCAAGUUCUGCGGACUCAGUAUGGUACACUACGACCUCUCCCACCCGCCUAACACUCUCCCUUCCACCCCUCCGUCCCCUUUGUUCGUCCAUGCCAACCUGGUCAAGCACUCUCCUCCCCUCUCCCCAGCACAGAAAGCGUUCCAGACUCUCAAGCGCCCCUCGCCGGACUAUCCCGCCAGCGCACCGAUCCUCGACCGCGCACACUACUUUGUCUACUCCAGCAGGGGAGGGAUGUGUCUCGACCUUGAGCUACUCCCUGCGCCUUCACCUGUAGAGGCAGCACAGGACUGGGAAGAGGAAGACGAGUAUGGCCCACCCCUGGAGGGGAAGGGGCUCGAGAUCGUCACAGAGCAAUGGGCGCGGGUGGAGGACGGGGUAUAUGCAGAGUUUCCAGGGGUGUGGGUUGAUGAAGGUGGGAAGGUUGGGGGUUGGUGAGCGCCCCGCCGCGCCCUCUCCGGUGUUCGCCUCCUGUAAUGGAGAAAUGCAAGGGAAGGCGCAAAGAAGGUAACGCAUGUGUAGGAUUAAGAAGUGCAUAUCUCUGCACUGCUGUACUACUAGACUCUGGACUCAAGGACGAUCGUGUUGCAUGUUUUUGUUCUUAGUUUUGUAGAUGCAC